GACACUUUUAACUUUACACCUGUGCUGUUCGCUGCGGAGAAUCUCGCCUUUUCAUUCAUCCAGCCCAAGCCCAUCUCAUGGAUCGCAGCGCGGGGUCUGAUAACCUGCGAUCCCGCGACACCGCAGAGGACGGCCAGGGUGCCGCGGGGGAUGGAGGAGCCGCUCCAGCACCAGAAAAGCCUCCUUAUUCGUACGUGGCUCUCAUUGCAAUGGCCAUCAGAGAAAGCGAGGAGAAGAAGCUGACCCUGAAUGACAUCUACAGCUUCAUCAUAUCCAAGUUUCCAUACUACGAGAAGAACAAAAAGGGAUGGCAGAACAGCAUCAGGCACAAUCUGAGCCUCAACGAGUGCUUCGUGAAGAUUCCCCGAGAGAGCGGCGGGGAGAGGAAGGGGAACUUCUGGACGCUAGACCCAGCUUUUAGCGAUAUGUUUGAGAAGGGUAAUUAUAGGCGCAGGAGGCGCGUCAAGAGACCCUACCGACCACCACCCUUACCGUCUGGAUUUAACUUCACCGACUCGUACUGCCUGCAACAGGAGCCCGUUUACUGGCAAAGCCCGUUCGUCAGCACCAGCCCCUGGAGCCACCAGUCCAGCUCUCCGACGCACAUCUCCAGCUACCUGCAGCCCAUGCUUGGUAACGCGCGCCCUCUGUCUCCAAACGAUUACGCCAACUCUCCCGUGAGUUAUUACUACGGUCAACACCAUCACCUUCACCCGUCCUACAGACCGUACCACCGGCAUCCGAACGCUCUGGUGCCUCUGAGCGGCAUGACUCCUCCGGUGAGCCCGGGCGGAAGCUCCAUCUCCGCCUGCAGCUACCCGCCGCACAACGGCCUUCCCGAACAGGUGCAUCAUCCGUUUGACUGACGGACAGACACGUGAAAACUGAAUAUAAGUAGGCUAAAAAAUUCAUUUGGAUCUAGAUUUGCUGUUUUUGUUACGUUAACCUUUGGAAAUGUUAAACGUGCCGUUUCAAGUCAGAUUGGCUGGUUGAAAUGAGGUCGAAAUGUUGCAUUCGCUGCAUUAGUUUGUUUGCUGUAUAACUAAUGGGUUUACAGUUGUGUUUUGUGGAUUUUCACGAAUGAAAUAUUGUUACAUUGUUAAACUAUUGUUCAAUUAAAAGUCAAGAGAGGAAGAGCUGUCCAAAACGCACUUGGUUGUUGGCAAGUUGUCAUUUGGCAUACAUUUCAGCAAAUGUUUAAAAAGCAUCAA